AGCAGCAGCAGCGGCGGUGGCUUGGGUCGGUUAGUUCACUCAGCAGUCAUCCACGCAUCUAUCUAUAUUCCCUUUUCUUAAAUUAGCCACAUUAAGCUUCGCGAUACCGCCCCCAAUUUCAGCCUCGGUACGGAGCCGCCAGGCCGGGACAGAGACGGAAGGAGAGGCCUCCGAAAUGGAAGCGCUCGGACCGGGGCCGCCGGCCCCUCCUCCCUCUCUGUUCCAGCCUCCGCGGCGUCCCGGCCUCGGCACGGUGGGGAAACCCAUCCGGCUCCUGGCAAACCACUUCCAGGUGCAGAUUCCCAAGAUUGAUGUCUAUCACUAUGAUAUCGACAUUAAGCCUGAGAAACGGCCUCGAAGGGUUAACAGGGAGGUGGUGGACACCAUGGUGCGGCACUUCAAGAUGCAGAUCUUUGGAGACCGACAGCCGGGCUACGAUGGGAAGAGGAACAUGUACACGGCACAUCCUCUGCCGAUCGGGAGAGACAGGGUGGAUCUGGAGGUGACUCUGCCGGGUGAGGGGAAAGAUCAGACGUUCAAGGUGUCUCUGCAGUGGGUGUCGGUGGUCAGUCUUCAGAAUCUGCUGGAAGCUUUGUCGGGUCACAACGAGGUCCCCGAAGAUUCGGUCCAGGCUCUGGAUGUCAUCACGCGGCACCUGCCUUCCAUGAGGUAUACUCCUGUGGGGCGUUCGUUCUUCUCCCCUCCGGAGGGCUACUAUCAUCCUCUGGGUGGAGGCAGGGAGGUGUGGUUUGGUUUCCAUCAGUCUGUCCGUCCUGCCAUGUGGAAUAUGAUGCUCAACAUCGAUGUGUCAGCAACAGCUUUCUACCGCGCUCAGCCUGUGAUAGAGUUCAUGUGCGAGGUGCUAGAUAUUCAGAACAUCAACGAACAAACCAAACCACUAACUGACUCGCAGCGGGUCAAAUUCACCAAGGAAAUAAGAGGGGGGGGCGCGGGGCUCCGUUCGUGGGGCGCAGCGCCCCUCCAAGACAAUGGUUUGAAAGUUGAGGUCACACACUGUGGUCAAAUGAAGAGGAAGUACCGUGUGUGCAACGUGACAAGACGACCUGCCAGCCACCAAACGUUCCCCUUACAACUUGAGAACGGCCAAGCCAUGGAGUGUACCGUAGCUCAGUAUUUCAAGCAGAAGUACAAUCUGCAGCUCAAAUAUCCACAUUUACCCUGCCUGCAAGUAGGACAGGAACAGAAGCACACCUACCUUCCCCUGGAGGUCUGUAACAUAGUAGCAGGCCAGCGAUGUAUCAAGAAACUGACAGACAACCAGACGUCCACCAUGAUCAAAGCUACAGCUCGCUCCGCCCCCGACAGACAAGAAGAGAUCAGCCGACUGGUCAAAAGUAACAGCAUGGUUGGGGGCCCAGACCCUUACCUGAAGGAAUUUGGCAUCGUGGUUCACAAUGACAUGACGGAAGUGACUGGGAGGGUCCUUCCUGCACCCAUGCUGCAGUACGGGGGCCGCGUCAGUACAGACACGGGGAGAGACUGCGGCAGGGGACUCUCUCCGCAGAACAAAACCGUGGCCACGCCCAACCAGGGCGUGUGGGACAUGAGGGGGAAGCAGUUCUACGCUGGCAUUGAGAUCAAGGUCUGGGCGGUGGCCUGCUUCGCGCCGCAGAAACAGUGUCGAGAGGACCUGCUAAAGAGCUUCACUGACCAGCUGCGAAAGAUCUCAAAGGAUGCUGGGAUGCCCAUUCAAGGCCAGCCGUGUUUCUGUAAAUACGCCCAAGGAGCUGACAGCGUGGAGCCCAUGUUCAAACACCUCAAGAUGUCUUACGUUGGUCUGCAGCUGAUUGUGGUCAUCCUGCCCGGCAAAACACCAGUCUAUGCUGAGGUAAAGCGGGUGGGUGACACUCUGCUUGGAAUGGCGACCCAGUGUGUGCAGGUGAAGAACGUGGUGAAGACCUCCCCUCAGACCCUCUCCAACCUCUGUCUCAAGAUCAACGCCAAGCUGGGGGGCAUCAACAACGUCCUGGUGCCUCACCAGAGGCCCUCUGUGUUCCAGCAGCCGGUCAUCUUCCUUGGCGCAGACGUCACACAUCCUCCAGCAGGCGACGGGAAGAAGCCGUCCAUCGCGGCGGUGGUGGGCAGCAUGGACGGCCACCCCAGCCGAUACUGCGCCACGGUGCGAGUCCAGACGUCGAGACAAGACAUAUCCCAAGUAUCAGCGUGCCCUCCGCCUCCGACUCAUCAGGAGCAGCUCUUCAGUCAGGAAGUGAUCCAGGAUCUGACCAACAUGGUGCGAGAGCUGCUCAUCCAGUUCUACAAGUCCACGCGCUUCAAGCCCACACGCAUCAUCUAUUACCGGGGCGGUGUGUCUGAGGGACAGAUGAAACAGGUGGCGUGGCCGGAGCUGAUAGCCAUCAGGAAGGCCUGCAUCAGUCUGGAGGAGGACUACAGGCCGGGCAUCACAUACAUCGUUGUUCAGAAACGUCACCACACCCGUCUCUUCUGCUCUGACAAAGCUGAGAGGGUGGGGAAGAGCGGUAACGUCCCAGCAGGCACCACGGUGGACAGCACCAUCACACACCCGUCCGAGUUCGACUUCUACCUGUGCAGCCAUGCUGGGAUUCAGGGAACCAGUCGUCCCUCCCACUACCACGUCCUGUGGGAUGACAACUGCUUCACUGCUGACGAGCUGCAGCUCCUCACCUACCAGCUGUGCCACACCUACGUCCGCUGCACCCGCUCCGUCUCCAUCCCCGCUCCUGCCUACUACGCCAGGCUGGUGGCUUUCCGAGCCCGCUAUCACCUGGUGGACAAAGACCAUGACAGUGCUGAAGGGAGCCACGUGUCGGGCCAGAGUAACGGCCGGGACCCGCAGGCGCUGGCCAAGGCGGUCCAGAUCCACUAUGACACCCAGCACACCAUGUACUUCGCCUGAGCUAGCGAGCAUGUCAGCCAGUCCACCCGCGGAUUCCCUUUUCUUUUUCUUCUUCUUUUUUCUUCGUCUUUUACUCUCUUAUUUGCCAGUCCUUCUCUUUUCCUCUCCCACAUCUCUUUGUAGUCUAUCUCAUUCUCUUCCCACUUUUUCUGAAUCUGCACCAAAGCGGCUCUUGGACGGGGGGGGAAUCUGCUGUGUCCCAAAGUCCAGCAGGUUUUUUUUAUUACACGGAACAAUUUCCAACCAGCGUUCCCAAAUCGAGCCGCCUCAAAAACCAGCAAUCAAGCACUGCGAACCCCGAGGGUUUCCAAUGCACAAAAAGAAAAAAAGAAAACAACGGAAAAACAAAAACAAACCAUACACACGCACAUACUACACGUUGAGCCAUUUCUUUUGAGUUUGUUUUUUUCUAUUUGAAUGUCUGCUCUCUUGCGUUUGUAAGAUACACUGAGCGAGGGAGUGGAUGGCACAGUGUGUGUCAGCGCAGCUCUUUAGCUCUCCCAGCUAAGCAGGACUCUUAUCUACUUUUACCUCAAAGCCCCUUUGGGCAAAAAUCUGUCACAAGGUCUUGGGUUUAGUGGGUGGUCGGGAGGGAAACUCUACAUGAAACAGAGACGGAGUCGACCUUUUUGAGAAUGAUAUAUAUUUUUUUUUUUCCUUUUUAUGAGCGCGUGUUUUAACUUUUUCUCCUUUUAACGGUCUUUAACAAGCGAGGUGACCUGGGUGUCCAUGCCCAUUACUAUUUUCCUCCCAUCAUAGCGAAGAAUACGCCAGUCUGUAUGUGUGAGUGUGUUUGUGUGUGUGUGCAUCUGUAUAUACAUGUACUGCUGUAUGAGAGUGUGUGCAUGUGUGUUUCAUGGCAGGCCACUGAAUUGUAAAGGGAAAUCAAGGAGAUAACUGCUGUAAAUGCCUCAGAUUUGUUGUUUUUAUAUUCACACAUACAGUACAUAUAAGCAUAUAUUUACAUCUAUAGAGCAACUUUGAGACAUAUGACUUAAUCAGGCCUCAUAGAGGCGGGUGUGGGUUUUUUUGUAGCAGUCCUGGGUCACUUAUUAAUUGAAAUGCUUUGGAUCACCUUUUUUUUAACAUAGCUCGAUCUGGAUUACGCACGUUUUGGGAGCCAGAUGUUCCUUUUGUGCCUCAAAACAUUGUUGAAUCCCAGAAAAAAAGCAACUUAUUUCAUUUCAAGUAGUAAGUGAAGUCAGGUCUGACUGUAGCAGUGGUAACCGUGGUCUGGCUCAGCAUUGGGACCUGUUGAAUGGCUGAAGGCAUUUAAGGCAGAGUAGGGUCUUUAUCAGUCCCGCAGUUAGUGUGAAGAGCAGGAUCUUAUUUUUCUUUGGACCUGAAAGAUUAUAUGAUGACACUGCUGGACGUUGCUUUUCUUUUCUUUUCGUUUGUAGAUGUAGUUUCAAGGGCCGGAAAACCAACGUAGUUUUUUUGAGGUCUCCUUUGCUAAUAUUGGCCAAUUCAUUGCACUGACCCGGGACGCUAGGCAACAGAGGGCACUCUCAAUCUCUCUUACCUUUAUGCAUUUAUACAUACGAAUCAACAAAGCAGAUUUGUAAAAGUUUAAUAUAAGAUGUUUUGUGGUUAUCCUUAAAAAAAAAAACUGUUUAGAAUUAGUAGUUUACCAUUGAUGUUGUUGUUGUUAUCGUUGUUGUCGAUGUUGUUACUAUCGUGAUGAAAUGUUAUGGUCGGCAGCGAAAGCCAGUUAUAUAGUUACUAGUGCGACUUCAGGAAUAGACUUCAGUUGUUGAGCUGCAGGUUAGGGGGGUAAAUAGGGUGGAAUUAAUUUGUAGCACUCUGGCUAACGGUGGGAAGAAGUAGGACCCCAGAACCGGUGAUUUCAUGCUUCCUCUGAAGGUAAAGGAGUGGCAUUUUAGCGGUGGAAUCGAGGUAUUGUGUAGCACUCUGACUGGUAAUGAAGAUCAGCCGCUGCCUGUUUCACUCCACUGGUUUCAGUCGUGUUGGAUCGGACGGAUGGAGACAAUCAGGGAUCGUAAUCGGAGUGAAACCUAGAUUAAGGGAUUUGUUUAUAAAGCGGUUUGCGAUUGGCAAUGAGUUGAAUUUUUAGACUUUUUAAAAAAACGGUUUCUAUUGCUGUGUGUAUUUGAAGUAUACCCACCUUCUCUGCUAUUUGACGGUAUUUGUUUCAUACUUUUAUGCAUUUUUAACACUGGAUUGAAUAAAUUGACAAUAAGCAUAAGCACUGCCCUUGGACCCCUCCCGUAUGGCAGACUGUUACCAUGGGAACUGUGAGGCGCUGUGGUGACUGUUGGUGUUGCGAUUGGAUAGAGAGAGACAGUCGACGUGCACGCCUCAUCAGGAGGGGACGCUCAGAGAAAACCCUUUUGUAAUAAACCACCCGUAAAGCAGCAGGUUUACUAUGAAUGAGUUUGAGCACCUUUCUGUUGAAGGCGUGGGCAUCGGCCGGGCGCAGAGAGGCGGGACAUGAGGAGGCCAGUGGGGGGGGAUGUGGAGGGUGUUGUCCAGGCAUUGCAUGCAAUAAGUUUUACUCUUCGUUCAAAGGGGGCGGAUCAGUUUUUAAAACGUGCACUAGUUUUAUCAAGCCAAGCGGGCUGUGAUUAAAUAUUCAUUUGGCAUCUGUAAUGGGGAAUGAUUCGAUGUUUUUAAUCCUUACCAAUAUUUGAUCGUUAAACUGCAGUCAGAUCAAUGAUCACUCCCUGUUUGUAACAUGACAUUGCAAAGCAAUAUUAACCAAGUUUUCAAAUGUGGAAAAACAAAGCUAUAAUUCUACUCAUUGUGGUUGUCUGUCUCUCGCUAUUGUGUAUCUGUACUAUUAUUAUUUUUUUUUUACUUUUUUUGUUUAUUUUAUUUGCUUGUAUCAAUCAGUGGGAAUGUGCAUUUGGUGAAAUAGUUAUGUAGACAUUUUCUUUAAAGUAACUAAAAUGUAGACUUUGCUCACCUGCAUGCCAGAGUAUUGUCCUUUUAUAAAAAGAAAAAAAUCUUUUUUUGAAAUCAUAUUUAUUAUGAGAAAGGAAAAAAAUAUAAACGCUUUUUUUGGGUAGAUGUUUAUCAAUUUUAGUGGGACUGUUUUAGGCUAGCAAUAUUUGUCCAGUCUCUGAGAUGCAUUUUAAAGAUUCCUACACAAAUGUCAGUAAUGGGAGGUACAAGCUGUUUUCUGAGGGGAGGGGGCCCAGCUCUUUGCGUCGUGUUCGAAUUAAAACGAGGUACUUUCUUCAAACGUGAGCCCGCUAAAGACUGAACCCCUCUCCUCUUUACCAGGUUUUUCGUAGGGAGCAUCCAUUUUGUCUCCUCGUUCCUGGUUUGUACCUUUUGGCCACGCCUCUUUGGUGGGGGCUCUCCUGUCUCCAUGGCAACUCUGUUGACCUCUCACAAAUGCACUUCCUUUUUGUGAAGGGGUCCCCAUGGCAUCAAGGGAGCAGGAAUACCUCUUUUUAACCUUUUUAAAAAAAGAUCCAUAAUUCUUUCUGUCCCCUGAUAGAGAGCAUGAAUUAUUUUUAAAUUCCUCUCACUUUGAUAUAUUGUUAUAUCUUAAAGGAUUUGUAAUUUGACAUUGUGUAUUGUAUAUUAAAAUUUUAUUUUGUUUUCCCUUAUCGGUUCCUUUUUUGGGGGGUUUGUUAUAGUUCUGCUCUUUUUCUUUUUCUGCUAGUGGUCUUCUGAAGCUGUGUGUGAUUGUCUGAUGGCAAUAGAAUCAUAGAAUUGGAUCAUUCCAAUUCAGUGAAUGGAACGCGCCGAUUUUGUGAAUGAACGGAUCCCUUUCUGACCGGUAGUAAGAGGGCGGGGCAUGUUCUAGCUCCGCCCUCCCCAGCAGAGGGCCAUUCACUCACUGUUAUUGCUAUUUUGUGACAUGUUCAAUUACCUUGUUUUUUUUAGCCUGCAGGGAAUUCUUGUGUUAAUGUGCAAAGUAAUAAAUUGGUAUUUUAUGCCUAUAACAGAG